AUGGACGACGCUCUGCCCGAGACGUGGCAGGUGUCGCACAUGUAUUUCGACCCGGUGGUAUCGACCAUGUACAUGGCAGCCCGCGACGUGACGUUGCACGCAUCACCAGACGCUGCGAGCGACGUUGUGACGACGGUGCGUCAGCACGCAACGCUCAAGAUGCUGGCAUCGGACGGUCGCUGGGUGCACGUCGCCACGGAUGAUGCGGACGGCUGGACACUGGCGCGUGACGACGACACGUUUUACGUGCUGCCGGCAACGGCGCCGCUGGCACCGACCAAUACGUCGAUGCUCGACGCCGUCGCUGAGCCCUAUGUCAUUGGCCCCGUCACGGGGCUGCUCAAGCCGUCAGCGGACGACAGCGUUGGUGCGGACGAGCUCGAGGCGCAUUUUGCACGCAAGACGACGCCGGGCGACAAGACACUCGUGCCAUUGGCGCUCGGUCAUGUGCUGCACAACCUCUCGGCCCAGUAUGCGCGCAAGUGUCUCCAGGCGGUGUGCCUCGCCUCGUCCGAUGGCCUCUCAGCCCCCGUCUUUCUCGAGCUCUGCGACCUCUUUGUGUUUGAACGCGAUCCGGAGCGGCCGGACGCGAAAUUUGCGGCGCAGUUGCGGCAUCUCGCGGGCCAGAGUGAGUCGUUUCGGCGCGACGUCAUUGGCCGCAGUGUGCGCCAGCUGGACGCGGCAGUGGCGCAGCUCCCAAUGUCGACGGUGGUCAAUUACGUUCACAUCGAGAAGACGCCGCCGCUCGGCCAGCGCCGCGUCACGUUUCCCGGUGCGUCGCGCCUCCGCAUCGUGUUUCGCGAAGACGAUACGAACGUGACCAACCCCGAUGACGCGCUGCGCUUUUACCACCCGGACGGCACGCUGCUCGGGCAGUACACGGGUGCGAAAGACUCGGGCGUCUGGCCCGGGAUUGGCAGUGUUCCGCCGCUCGAGGUCGACGGCGAUACCGUCAUCUUUGUCAACUACGUCCCGAGCUUUGCCGACACGGGCAGCCAUGCGUUCAAGGUAUACGCCGAAGGCUUUUACCCGACGCCGCAGAACCCGCCGAUCUCGGAUGCAUCGGCGCUCGAGGCGCGGAUUCGACUGUGUUGCUGGGUGCUUCAAGUGCUCGCCGAGAGCGACCUCUUGCUGUCCAGUCUCGUGGCCGACAAGACAUUGGUCACGGCGCUCGAGCUGCUGGGGCACGUGUACCAACUACUGCCGCCGUCGCACCAGGUGCGCGUGCUGGACGUGCUCUGCGGCCUUUUGCGCUCGGAAUGGUCGGCAAGAAUGCUGCUGCAAGCCCUCUCGACGGCGCAGACCCAGGCGCUGCACGCGUUCUUGCACACAAAACUGCUCCUGCGUCACGACAUCGACAAGCACUAUGGCGACGACCGGUCGCCGCUCAUGCACCGGCUUGUGCAGUGUGCGCUUGCGUGGGACACGCAGCUCGCCACGUACCUCGAGACGCUGGACGCCGACGACGACGUACGGUGGUUGACGCCGGACGGCACCGGUGCAUCGACAGUCGCGGCGACCGCGACGGCGAUCCCGACGCUUGUGCAGACCACCCGUGGGUACGCGUCGGGGCUUCAUGCGUGGGAGAUCACCGUGCGCGGCUGCAUCGACGUCGGGCUCGCCACCGAAGGCGUCUUUGCCACAAGUGUGCCUGCCACGGACGCCGAUGUCGUUGCGGUCGAGCUCGAUGUGUCGCACCAGGUCGUUGUGUUUCGGCGCAAUCGUGCCUUGGUCUCCCGUGUCAAGUUGCCGUCGUUGGCGCCAAUGUGGUUUCCCGCCGUGUGCUUGGCAGCACCGGGCGACGCGGCGACGAUUCGGGCACGGUCGCCGCUCGCCGACGCCGUUGCACUAGACAAGGUGGAUUCGUGGUACGCCGGCGUCCGUAGUGCGAUGACCAUGGUCGACGCGGUCGCCGCCGGCAUCCCGUCGUUGGCCGUCGCGCUGACACCAUCGAGCGACGUCGUGCACCUCCCGGGCGCCAAGACGCUGCAGCUGGUGCCGCAAACCGUCAACGGCGCGCACGUUCCGGGCGGCAUCACGGUCGUCGACGCCGCGGGGACCACGACAACAUUCUCGGCGACCGAAUUGCAUGCCCCGGUACCGUCGCCGGCAUUGCCGCUACCGUUGUAUACCAAGGUGGUCCGAGGCAGCGACUGGCAGUAUGGCGACGAAGACGGCGGGGCCGGCAACGUCGGUGUCGUCGUCGGAACCGCACCGUGGAACGGCGUGCCCGGCACUGGUGUCCGCAUCUUUUGGCUCACGACCGCAUCCCAAGUCACGACCACAUCCCAAGGGUUGUACCGCCACAACUACCUCGGUACGUUCGACGUGCUGCCGCUGGCUCCAUCGACCAAGGUCGUCGUCGCGGGUCCGUCGCUCACGGUCGCGCCGACGUCGCCAACGCCGAGCAUGGUACUCGAUGGCCACCAGGAGAUUGUGCUCUCGGAUCUCCCGUCGCUGCACGACGAGUGCACGCUGCAGUUUUGGCUGCGCGUGGCGCCCGUCGACGGCGCCCGCACGCGCCAGUGCAUCUUCCAACUGGACGCCGAUGAUGCGUCAUGGCACCUGCGCCUCGAGCUCAACGCGAAGCGCCAGCUCGUGCUCGCGAUGGCCAGCGCCAAGCUCGAGGGACCGACGCUGCCAGAAGCCACGUGGAUUCGCAUCGAAGUGGGCACGUGCGGGUCGCUACUGGCGCUGCACGUCGACGGCGCCUUGAGCAGCUACGAGCGCUUUAGCGAAAAGCUGACGUGGCGUGACGGUGGUGCGUCGACGCUUGUGUUUGGCCGUCCGUUUGCGGGCCCGACGCCAUCCCGUGGGUUUCUGGGGCAUGUCGCAGCGAUUCAAGUCUAUGACGCACCACUGCACUUGGUCUCGUACACUGCAUCCAAAGUGUUUUCUGACGUCUGGGAGACCAACGGCAUGGCGCCCAUCCCGCCGCCGUCGUUUGAUGCUCUUGUGGCGCAGGCAGCCGAGACGACCGACGCUGUGCCGCCGGCAGCCAAGCUGCUCGCGCAGCUCGAGACACGCAAUGUGGGCACAUCCUUCCCGUCGCUCCGCCCAAAAGGCGUCGGCAUCACGGACGCGUCGGUGCACACCAAGGUCUACUACGAAAUGAGCUUGCUGGACGGCAACGCGAACCAGAUUGGCUGGAUCUUUGGUGACGUGGCGUUUACCGGUUGUGGGUCGUCGACCACCGGUGUCGGCGACGUCGAAAACAGCUACGCGAUCGAUCUGAACCGUAUGGUGCUCUGGCACGGCGACAAGCAAGAGAUUGACGCCAUUGCGUGGACCGCCGGCGACGUCCUCGGGGUCCUACUGGACACGGAGGCGUGCGUCAUGACGUUCUCCAUCAACGGUCGCCUGCUCCCGGAUGUGUCGUUUCAGCGCGACGACGACGACGACGAGAGCUGGCUCAGCCACGGUCCGCUCUACCCAAGCGUGUCGCUUUCGACCAACGAAGGCGUUCUCUGGAACAUUGGUCAUCUCCCGUUCCGCUAUUGCCCCGACGACUACGUCUCGGUGCUCACGGCCGCCGACGCACCGACGGAUGCGAUUGCGUUUGAGAUCUUUGAUCUCGAGCGAGAGGCGUGGGUCGAUGUCGGGUUUUGGCACUGCGUGCACCCCGCCCGCCGCCCGCGCCUCGUCGGCGCCUGCCUGUCGUCCGCCGGUGCGCACGACGUCGUGCCGUCGCCCGUGUACCCGAUCGGCGAUCUCCACGUCGUGCCAGUGUCUGCGACCGUCGGCGUUGUGCCAUCGGAUGCGUCGACAGCCGAAUUGGCCGAGCUCGUUCGGUACAUCAACCAGCUGUGCGCAGCGCGAGGCUGGAACAAGCGCGAUCUCCUCGACUUGAGCUGGGCCAACGUCGCACCAAAGUCGGACGACGAGCUCGUCAAGUGGCCGCUCUUGCUUCAAUCGGCGUCGUCGCUCCCAAAGCACUUUGCGCUGCUCCAAAAGCUCAACACGCGCAUUGACGCGGAUUUAUUGCUGUACGUCGGCGUCGAGUACACAGGGCACGUCCCGGCGCUGCUUCAGUCGCUCAUGGCGUGCCGCGACUUCAUUUACGGUCUCGUCAAGCAAGCGAUUUGGGACCGCGAGAUGGCCGCGACGUCGAUCCCAGGCACGAGCAGGACGCUGGUGCUCAACCGGCCGAAAGCGGCCCGGCAACCCGACGGCAGCCUUAACCCGUUCGCGCUCUUCCUGCAAGCGCACCAAGGCCUCAAGUCGUUUAAACCCGCCGAGUUUUGCUCGUCGAAUCGGCUGUAUACCGUGACGUUUCUUGGCGAGAAUGCGAUCGACGCGGGCGGGCCGUACCGCGAGACGUUUUCGCAGUUUGCUGCCGAGCUUCAGAGUCCGCAGCUGCCACUGCUGCUUCCGACGCCCAACCACGUGCACAACGUCGGCAACAACCGAGACGCGUAUGUGCUGCACCCACGACCGUCGCCGGACCUGCUGGUCUUUCUCGGCAAGCUCCUCGGCGUCGCGAUGCGCUCGAAAGAGUAUUUGGCGCUCAAUUUGAGUCAAGUGGUCUGGAAGCUCUUGACGCACGAAGCGUUGAGCUUGGACGACCUCGAAGCCAUCGACAGCCUCGUCGUGAGCUCGAUGAACGCGAUCCGGCGCAUCGACAGCGACGGCGUCGACGCCACUUCGUUUGGCGACGUCAUCCAAGAGACCUUUGCAACGCUCUCGACCGACAACCGCACGGUGGCGAUCGUGCCGGGCGGUGACGAGGUCGCCGUCACGUUCGAGAACCGGUUUGCGUUUGCGGACGGCGUCGAGGCCUACCGCCUGCACGAGUUUGACGACGCCGCCAAGCUCUUGCGCGAGGGCCUCGGUUGCGUCGUGCCCCUCCAAGUGCUGCGCCUCUUUUCGUGGCGCGAGGUCGAGAUGAUGGUGUGCGGGUCACCGGCCAUCGACAUGGACUUGCUGAAAGAGUGCACCGAGUACAGCUGCUGCGAGCCGACGGACGCGCACGUCAAGUGGUUCUGGGAAGUGCUCUGCGACGACUUUUCCGAAGAGAGCAAGCGCAUGUUUUUGAAAUUCACGUGGGGCCGCAUCCGCCUCCCGCGCUCCAAAGCCGAGUUUGGCCAGCUCUUCAAGCUCCAAAACAACGCCCGCGACCCGCCGGAUACGUACCUGCCCGUGUCGCACACGUGCUUUUUCUCGCUCGAACUGCCGAAAUACUCGUCCAAGGCGAUUUUGACCCAGCGGCUCAUGUACGCAAUCUACAACUGCCACGCGAUCGACGGCGACGGCGACGCGCUCGCGGCCAACCAGCUCGGCUGGGAAGACUAG